AAGAAAAAGAGGAAGAGGGAGCCGAGAGUCCCCCAGAGAGAAAGAGAGAGGCCGGGCCCUGCAUGCCUGCAGCCAAUUAAUAGGAGCGGCGGAGCGGCGGAGCUUCGUAGAGUCGUACUACUGGAGCCAGGAGGGAUGACGAGCGGCGUAGAGCAGGGGGAUGAAUAAUGCAGCUCAGAGUGGGUGUGGACCAGUGUGUGUGAACACGUCGACGUGUGUGAGGAAUCCCUCCCCCGCCUGCUCUGUGAGGUCACAGCGAGAGGAACGAGAGAGAGAAAGAGAGAGAGGGGAGGGCUGAGGAGGGGAAAGCGGUGGAGGAGGAGAGGACAGGGAGCGAGGGAGAGAGCAGCGGAGGGUGGAGGACGAAUAUGCUGAGCGGAGAGAACACGGCGCAACCAUGACAGCCAUGCUGAGCCCGAAGAUCAGACAGACCCGGCGAGCCAGGUCAAAGAGUAUGGUGAUGGGCGAGGUGUCCCGCGGCUCUGGUCCAUCCACCUCCCCAGGCCUCCAGGAGGGCGUGCUGAAAGCUGGUUGGCUGAAGAAGCAGAGGAGCAUCAUGAAGAACUGGCAGCUGCGCUGGUUUGUGCUACGUUCUGAUUACCUGUACUUCUACAAGGACGAGGAGGAAACCAAGCCUCAGGGCUGCAUCCCUCUGAAGGGAAGCCAAGUGAAUGAGCUGACGGUCAAUCCUGAGGAAGCAGGCCGACACCUGUUUGAGAUUGUUCCAGGUGCCGCUGGGGAGAAGGACCGCACCGCCGUCAGCCAUGAAGCCUUUCUACUCAUGGCCAACUCCCAGAACGACAUGGACGACUGGGUCAGGGCUAUCAGACGGGUCAUCUGGGCUCCUUUUGGAGGAGGAAUAUUUGGCCAGAGGCUGGAGGACACAGUUCAAUUUGAGAAGAAGUUCGGCCCCCGUCUCGCUCCUCUCCUGGUGGAGCAGUGUGUGGACUUUAUCCGGGAGCAGGGGCUGGAUGAGGAGGGUCUCUUCAGGAUGCCGGGGCAGGCCAACCUAGUGAAGGAGCUUCAGGACGCUUUUGACUGUGGGGACAAACCGCAGUUUGACAGUAACACUGAUGUCCACACUGUGGCGUCCCUGCUGAAGCUGUACCUCAGGGAGCUCCCAGAGCCGGUCAUCCCCUUCUGCAAGUAUGACGACUUCCUCUCCUGUGCUCAAAUCCUCGCCAAAGAUGAGGAGGAGGCAUUACAGCAGUUAUGGCAGCAGGUGAAGACUCUUCCCCCAGCUAACUUCAACCUCCUUAAAUAUAUAUGCAAAUUCCUGGAUGAAGUGCAGUCACACUCCAUGCAAAAUAAGAUGAGUGUGCAGAACCUGGCCACUGUGUUCGGACCAAAUAUCCUCCGUCCAAAAAUGGAGGAUCCAGUAGCCAUUAUGGAAGGAACCUCUCUGGUGCAGCAUCUCAUGACUGUGCUCAUCAGUAAGCAUGACCAACUCUAUCCCGAGCAGGACUCUGAGGCUCCUGAAGCCUGCCUAGAGGUAAAAUCUCAGGAUCAGCAGACCAACCUGGUGGGAUGGAUCUCUGAGGAAGACCUCCAAAGCCCCACACCUCCAGGGAAAGGCUCUAACGCCAGCGACAACCCCACCAGCAGCAGUGCCUCCUCCCUGGACGGAAGCCCAGCAGGCCCUUCCUCUAAACCGGGCCCUCAGGGAAAAGGUGAGACAGCGGUCAGCCCCAGCAAGCAAGCCAAGACCUGGAAAUACACCUUCAAAAGCUCCUCGCCACGACCACAGCCCGCCAAGACCAGUGGCACACCAGUGGACGCCAGCAACGCCUCCAGCGGGAACUGGCUCAUGAAUGGGCUGUCGUCUCUGAGAGGGCACCGCCGUACCUCUACAGGGGAACGCGUCAGGGACUCGGGGUCAUCUCAGCGUCUGUCCACCUACGAUAAUGUCACGUCAUCAUCGAGCCUGGGAAGCGUGCCCAGCAUAGAGAGCGCGCCAUGGUCCACCUCAUCCUGCGACAUCUCCAUCCCAGACUCAGGGAGUGACCUCUUAGAGGAUGACUCUAAAAGAGAUUGCUGGGCAGAAGCAGAGGAAAUCCAGAGAGAUGCUGAGCAGAUCACGGACGAAGCGAAGUCUGUAGAACAGGAAGAUGCAUCAAAUAUCGCAGUUGAGGACAGUAUCAGCACAACCGGCUGCAGUGACACCAGCAACGCAGUGCCAGUCAUCACCAUCAUGGACGAGGAUGCAGAGGAAAGCCCCUCGGCACUGGCCAGCGUGGUGUCGGCUCUGCGAGAGGAGCUGAGCAAGCAGAAAGUGGCGUACGAAUCCAGAAUACAAAAGCUGGAGGAGUCGAGUGCAGCACUCUGUGCCCAGAUGGAGAGAUUGGAGCAGGAGAUGGAACAAGAGAGGAAGAAGAAGAGAAUGCUGGAGAUCAAACUGCGGAACUCGGAAAGGGCUCGCGAGGACGCGGAAAACCGGAACCGGCUGCUGGAAAAAGAAAUGGAGGACUUCUUCUCCACCCUCGGGGACCUGGCUCUCGGAGCCCGGACGAGCAAUAUUUAAUGAGCUUGUCUUCUGGAAAACUGCCACGAAUGUCUCACAGCUGUGAUGAACUGUUGAGCAGCAGUGUCUCUGCAUUACCUCAGGUCCCUUCAGAAAUGGUGAGGGGAUAAUUCCAUGUUAUGUUUACGUUCCUCAGUCGUCUCGACCAGGACCUAAAGGACAGCUGUACACAAGGCCUCGUUCACCCAGACCUUCAGCGGAUGUACCACUGUGCAGACAAUUCUUACUAAAAGUGCAUUGAUUGAGAUUGAGGGCUGAUAAGGACACCGAGAACCAACAAUGCCUUUUUAAAAAAUGUUUAAACAGUGAUCUACAGAUGAAAUGGAUGUACAUUUUGGAUGUAAGUUCUUCAAACGGGCAAGAAGGUGUUUAGCAUCAAUCAGGUCAAAAAAUUCCCUUGAAAAACAAUGGUGUGCUUCAUUUGUUCUUUUGAUAAAACAAGGAUUUCAUGUAAAAACAGUCAUUUGACAAUAAGGGCUACAUAAUUUGUCCAAUUUUGGCCAACUUUGAGAACUAAGGCCAUGCAUUACCGUUCUGUGUUGGCAUGGACCCAUUAGUCUGAUCAAAGUAUAUUUAUUCCAUUUUUCCAUUUGCAGUGUUGCCUAAUCAGUGCACAAAACAGAACAUAUUAGCUAACAAAAAGCAAAAUGAAGAAUUUUGUGUUUUAUGCCAGCUUCCAACCUUGCCCCACACAUUACUACCAGCAUUAUCUAACAUUGCUAAUGCUGCACUAACAUGCUGCCAGUGAUUAGGCUCCUCUAGCAUUGCUAACACAGCUUUAGCAAUGCAGGCAACUUUACUCCUCCAACAUUGCUGAUGGCGCGUUAGCAAUGCUGGCGAAUAAGCUUAUCAAACAUCGCUAAAAACGGGUUGGUAAUGCAGGCAACCAGGCUUAUCCAACCUCAUUAAUUUUGGUGCAUCAUGGCUCCAACGCAUUGAGUCCGGUGAAUGCGAUAUGAUGAAAAGUUGAGCCGAGGUGAAAUUUAAGCAAAUGAAUCAUUGCGGUUUUCAGACUUCCCUGUCCUUUAUGAUCAAUCCCUGCUGAUUUACAGGGACUCGGAUCAGCGUAAUAUAGCGUGGAGGAAGGUUGCCGAGAUUGUUGGGGUCUCUGGUUGGUUUUGAAAAUUUUAAUACAUUAUUUAAUUGGAAAAGUUUGCUUUUUGUUAGCCUAUAUGCUGCUCACAAGACAGUGUAAAGAAGCUCAAUCGAACAUUUAUAUUUAUAAAUAUACAUUUAUAUUCAUUAGUUUAUAGGAAAUAAACCUUGUAUUAAAACCAUAUCCCAUUUAUUAAAACGAUUUACUUGGAUUACGCAGAGAGCGCCUCUGUAACGCCCACAUGCGACCAGUUGGAGAGGGGCAGUGCAAUCAUGCACGUUGAAGCGUCAGAGCAGUGUAAAGCACAGCAUUUGCAAUGCAGGCAACUGGGCUCCUCCAACAUUGCGAAUGGCUCACCAAUGGCGCAUUAGCAUUGCUGACGACCAGGUGCGUCCAACCUCGCUAAUGCUGGGUUAGCAUGAUGAAAACCAGGCUCAUCCAGCAUUGGUAACACAGCAUUAGCAAUGCAGGAAACUGGGCUCCUCCAACAUCGCUAAGGAUGUGUUGGCAUGAUGGCGACCAGGUUCAUCCGGUGUUGCUAGAGUGGUCACUUGGCCGAGUUUAGCCAAUAGGCAGAUCUCAUAGUCUUAAGCCCUCCUUGUGGCUCUCUGUGACUACAAGUAGAGUUGAAUAGCGCUUUGAAAGACACCCGCAUUCAUGUGAAAAAGCCACCAGAAAAGUCACCCUCAGAAUUUAUUAAAAUUUGGCAAGAUUUUCUCAGAAUUUGUAACCAACUGCACUGUGGGUAAUGAAAGGCCUCUACAUGUUUGGCUUGGAAUAACACCAUCCUCAUAUAUUACCUAUAUUUUAGAACAAACAGUUCUUAGUUACACUUACAUGAAGCACACCAUUGUUUUUUUCUGUAGUGCAUUUCUCUACUUUUCCAUCUAAAAAAAAAUCUGAAUGUAAAUUAAAGACCCAUUCAAGAUGGCCACCAUGUUGGUAACAUGGCCUAUCAGAAAACUCCUUCCCCCACAGCUUGUGUCUACAAUUGGAUUACCUUCUAUCUCCCCAAACAUUUUCAUUUUAAAACGGGUGUUUCUUUACGUUUGAGACAUCCUGUACUGUAUAUUACAGACACUGUAUGUAUUGUGUCCACUGGGGAUUGUGGCCUCUUGUUGGCAUGAGUAUAAAUGUUUUUCUGUACAUUUUGAUGAAGCUGCUGAAAAAUAAGAAAAGUUUAAGGCGACAAAACAAAAAGGUGUUAAGAAAUAGUAGUUGGUUGGUCCACCCACAGUGCUGAAGUGUUACUUACAGUGUUAAAGGGAGUUUUCACACUUGUAGUUUGUUUCUCUGGUCCCAAGCAUUUUAUGAGUUUGUUAACUUGGAGCGUUUUUCCUGAUUUCCUUGGUUUGGUUUGUUUUCACACACCUGCACCAAAAAUGCAUUCCCCAACAUACAACUCAAGCUUCUUGUAUGGUCUUUAACACUGAAUGCAGAAAGUUUGCACAGAAAAAGUGCUGCACAUUCAGUAUUCAGUGUUCAGUGUUCAAAAAAACAGCUAAGCAUAGAACUGCAGUAGAAAUAACAUUAGUUCAAAGCUGCAGUUAUAAUCCAGGUAAUAAAUCAGGUUAAACUGCACCUAAACCUAAACCUAAUGCGUAUAUUUUUGAUAGUUGGGUUGUAUUCAGAUCGGAUCACAUUCUGACCACAAACAAACCUUUUUAAAAUGUUCUCAGAUCUGCUAAAAAACAAACCACACCAAGAGUGCAAAAAAGCCAGAGUAGCCAAACAGUGCUGGUGUGAAAACACCCUAUGGCUGGAUGGGGAAGAUGCCCCAGACACUUCUGCUUGUUUAGAUCUUUAGCUUUUUGACACUGCCUCGAAUGUGUUUAUCAGUUUGGCGCAACUAUUGAGUACUCUUAAUUCUUGCCAGUAAAGUUUUAGUUUUUAGCUAGACCUCUUUUCGCAUUGCGCACUCGAAGGAAAAUGCAAUGCAGUGCAGUGACUCGGUUCAUAUAUAUCAGCUCACAGAUGCCUUGUGUUGAUCGACAUCACCCUUAGGAGUCAUGAGGGGAAACAGUGGCAUCUACCGUAUCCACCCAGAGUGAGCAAGGCCGAUUGUGCUCUCUCAGAUCUCCGGCAGCUGAUGACAAGCUGCAUGACCAGGAUUCGAACCAAGGAUUUCCUAAACCCGCUGGAUCAUUUUUUUUUUUAGCCUUUCGCCAAUAAAGUUAAGCCUUAUUAAGCCAUGGUUUUAUCUGACUCAAACCAAGAGUUUAAACUGCCAACUAACACAGCCUUUAAAAACCAUUCGGAAUCAAAGCCGGGGGACAACGAUCAGCUUUUUUUUUCAGUUUGAGGACGUUAACGUAAGGAUUGUAAUGACAGUGCCUUCGGUCUUGUGGAGGUCUUGUGUCGAUUCGUAAAAAACGUGGCUUGCUUGAACACUAGAAUAGUUUGCCAUUCUGGAACUUGUUGAUGUUGGUUAUUCUAUGAAACUGAUAGGAUGAAACUCGAUGUUAAGAAAAGAUGUGGAAUGUUCAGAAUCUAUCAGAUACUUUAGGAAAGUGUUAAGAGGUUAAUAUAAUGCUACAGGAAUGUGUGUCAGUAAAACGUGUCACUGUGUUGUUCGACAGACCUUUUUAAUUUAUUUUAUACUGUGCGGAAAUGUAUUAUAGAAUUAUAAAUGCCGUCUACAUAUUUCAUAUAUAUAUAUAUAUAUAAAUACAUAUAUGUGGUAGAUUCCCACUGAACUCUGGGUAAUCUUCUUCAUGACUCUCUUUCAGUAAAUACUUGACACUUGAUGAAGAAUUAGUGUGUGUUAAUAGAGCCGUAUUAACUGGAGAUGACGGGGAUGAUGAAAGGUGGGAAGGCUGUAUCUGUAUCUGCAUCUGCGUGAACUGCAUCGGGUGCUAAUAUGAUGCUGCUAACAUUGAACCUACUGUUCUCAAAGUCGACCAAAAUACGAGGCCUUCAGCUGGAGCCCGUCUCCUCUUUUCAGAGCUUAUUUAAAUAUUUCUUUCCAACUAUAUUUUCUAGAGAACUGUCAGCAUCUAGAUUAUUGUUCAGAAAAGUACAGUAGAAUUUACGCUUGUCUGUAUUCUGUAUUCUGUAUCUCGGCCUGCUGUGCUGAGGGAUUCUUUGACCAAUCAGUGUGGUGCAACAUAGCCGACAAAGAACAUAUCAAUAAACAUAAAACUGGAUUAUUAA